AUGUCCCAAGACAUGGGCCAGCCAAUCCACUCUGGUCCUCCCGCCGAGGCCUCGACGUCUGCCAAUGGACACGCAGCUCAGACAGUAACAGCGACCUCUUCUCUCCUCUCAAUUGUCGCUCCGGUUCGGCUGCCAGGCAGUCUCAUGUAUGAAGAUGACAAGGAUUGGGCCGAAGCGCGAGAAGCGUAUGCCGGCGGAGAAGACGCAGAUAUGGAAGAUGAUGCUACUUCAAUCAAGGGCAAGGGGAAGCUGGCUGCAGGAGCGGACGUUCGACCGGGCGUUGGGGGCGGAAAGCGCAUGCCUGUCGAUAGAGAGGAAGCAGUGCGAAUAAUGUUGCAGGGGCUUCGAGAUGUCGGUUAUCAUCAAUCAGCAGAUGUUCUGGAGGCCGAGUCCGGGUACAAGCUCUCCACGAGGGCUGGAUCGGACUUCCAACAAGCUAUCCUGGGAGGUCGGUGGGCUGAAGCGCUUGCUCUCCUUCCCGAGCUUGGUAUUCCCGCUUCAGCUGCCUUCGCUACUCCCUCCGAUCAGGCUCGAUACCUGAUCGCCCAACAAAAGUAUCUCGAGUAUCUCGAACUGGGCCAGCAGAAGAAGGCUUUGGGAGUCUUGCGAGGGGAGCUGGCAAAGGUGGCCAAAGAUCAGAAUGUUCUGCAUACAUUGUCUGGGUUCAUGAUGUGUCUCGACAAGGAGGACUUGUACGAAAGAGCGUCCUGGGACGGGGCGGCCGGUAUCUCCAGGCGGCAACUGUUGGAACAUCUUGAAGCAUUCAUUUCCCCGUCACUCAUAGUCCCAUCCCGGCGUCUCGCAACUCUCUUUGACCAAGCACGCCAAUUCCAACAAUCCAACUCACCCUACAUCGACGGCCCCACCACCAACUCUCUCUACACCGACUAUGAAGACCGUCAAGAUCAAUUCCCCUCCGUCACCACCCACAUUCUCAUUGACCACUCUGACGAAGUCUGGCGGAUCGAGUGGAACCCUGAUGGGUCAAAGCUCGCGAGCGCUGGAAAAGACAAGGUUGUGCAUAUAUGGUCGGUUUUACCGGUGGCGGGACUGGACGGGACGGAGAGGUACGCAGUAGCGCCAUUGCAUCAUUUCAGGAAUCAUAAGGAUCCAAUCGAUGCGAUGGCGUGGGCGCCUGAUGGGAAGCUACUGGCCACGGGCGCAGACAAGAUGGUGCAUCUUUGGGACACUGAAACGGGUGAAGAGAUUGCUUUGCAGACGCCUGGUCUUCAUCACACCGAUACUAUCAGCGCCAUCCAGUGGAUGCCAAGCGGCUCCGAAUUCUUGGUGGCGUCCAUGGACUGCCGUAUUAUAUUUUACAAUCGCAAAGGCAUGCUUCUCCGCCAGUGGUCUACCUUUCCUCUCCAAUUCAACGACUUUGCCCUCACACCAGACGGGUCCCGCAUCGUAGCCAUCACCACCCCAUUGAAACGUGUCGCAAAUAAUGAAGGGUUGCGAAGUGCAGCCAUGUCGGCGAGACCGGCAACAGGGCCUAAUGCGACAAACACUACUGCCCCGGGUGGGAGCAGUGGGAAUUCGGGUGUUGGUGCUAGCGGGGGUGGGUCUACGGGAACCAUAGGGCUUGGUGGCGCUGUGGGAGGGACGAGGUUGAGUAGCCUAGGAGGAGCAGACUUUGCGUUUGCGACCAUGGAGCAUAGUUUAGUGAUGGUCAGAGUUGAGGAUCACGAGAUCAUUGACUGGUCUCAAGAUUUGAGGUGUGAGAUGACUAGUAUCAGGCUUACCAGUGACGGUAAGAGAGCGCUGGUCAGCUGUAGUCCGGAUGAGGUUCAAGAAUGGAAUACCCACAACGGUUUGCGAUACCUCCGCGGCCAUUCCGGCCAUAUUCAGACAAAUUUCCUUAUACGGAGUUGCUAUGGCGGCAAGAAAGAUCAGUUCGUCCUCAGCGGGAGUGAAGACGGUCACGUUUAUGUUUGGCAUGGCUCGUCAUCCCAACCGACCGAAGUGCUCGCGGGGCAUACCAGCGUCGUCAACUCUGUUGCUUGGAACCCUGUAGCUUCACGAAGGAUAUUUGCCAGUUGCAGCGAUGACAAGACAGUGCGUAUAUGGCAACCACCGGUCGAUAUGGACAUGGAGCUUCAGGCGGAGGAUACUGGGCCCGUAGCGGGAGCGUCGGCGAGUGGGACGAAUGGGGACAAGGAAGGGAAUGGACACGUGCCACGUAUGGACGAAGAUGUUGGGAUGGUGUUGUGA